AUGGCUGCUCAAGGCCAGACCACACAACCGAAAGGGGGAUCACACAGCUGGAAGCGACAGCACCCUGGAGAGCCCUCGCCCCAAGAAGAUUCUCCUCCGAUCUGCUGUAAGCGGCAACGCACCGACAGCUGUUCAGGAAGUGAACUUAGUUGGAAAUAUCCGCCCAGGUUUUGGGACAGAUUGUCCAGCAUUCCUCUAGUUCACAACGCCCUAGAAGAGCUGGAAAGGCGCACCCACAAGCGGCCUUCCUUUCCUUCACGUCCGAUCUUGCCAGAGCAGAAACUCAUACCCUCCGCCACUGGGGAGCUUGCUCGAUUUGCGAGACACGGCGGUCCCGAUUUACAUGACCUUAGAGGGUACCCUCAUGCGACAAGAAGGCACCGACCUGCAGACGCCAUGAGCUCCCCUUCGCGACACCAAGGUGCCAAUGCCACCGAUCCAUCGACUCUCCCAACCCCAGUAACGACCCCAACCAGCAGAAAAUCGACAAGCCCCUAUGACGCCGCUUUCGAGCAACACUUGGCUGAUCAUCAAGUUCAUCCCCCAACAUACGCCUCGCAAGGGCCAGAAUGGGCGGAGGUCAUGGCAGCACUGGCUAGACCGAGGCCAUCACUCUCGCAAUCCAUGUUCCCCCCCACUAGCUUCAGUACGUUUCAGGCGAAAGAUAUGGCCGCCAAAAGCGAAGCUGCUGUGUUGAGGAAUGUGAUCCCGACCAUAACCGGCUCAGAUCAAGCCGAUCAUCUCUGCUGCCAAAAUACCCUGUUUGGGAAUCUGAAGCCACUCACCGACGGCACCAUCGUGACUGCCAAACCAGAUAUCUAUUACGGCGCUGACCCUAAAGAUCUUGACCGGUCGAUCCGCGAUGAGCUCGCUGGCCAUAUCAUACCGUCGACUUCACAGGACAGGCCGAUGGCGCCGAAUUUCUUCCUGGAGGUCAAGGGCCCAGGCGGAAACCAGGCUGUGACGACGCGGCAAGCUUGCUACGCUGGUGCCAUUGGAUCCCGGGCCAUGCAUAGCCUACAAAAUUACAACGAAAAGCAGCCUAGAUACGGCACGGAGCACACGGCGUUCAGCUCGUUCUAUCACAGUGGCACCCUAAAGAUCUUCGCCCACCACAUCACGGCACCUUCGACCCCAGAGGGGCAGCCUGAGUACCACAUGAUUAAACUGCACGGGUCGGAAGUUACUGGGAGCAUUGACAAUUUCCGCAGUGGCGUCGGUGCGUUCAGGAACGCCAGAGACUUGGCCAAACAGUAUCGUGACCGUUUCAUCCAGGAAGCAAACGCCAGAGGGCCUCGGGCAAGGUUGACCGCUGCGCAAGCAGACUCGACCGAGCCGCGUCAAGGCGACAUCUGGGCCCCGCAUGGCUCGGUGGAUCCUACACAAUGCAUUCCUUUGCAGGAUGCUGAUGAUGACGAGCUUCAACAGCAGAUUGAUGAGGGCGAUGGCGAGCCAACACCUACGGUCUCCCACCAUCUCCACACGGAGGACGACUUUGAGAGGACGAGCAAGGAUCUCGUGGCCCCCGGCGACGACCCCUCACUGAGCUUUGCCUCGAGCUCUACGUCCAACUCCAGCGCUGUCCGUCGUCGUUCUAAGCGUUUGGAACAAACGAACCAAGGCCUGUGUUCCGGAACUAGAGGGAAUCAUACGUCGAAAAACCGGUCAUAA